AUGAAUUACACUGAGGAGAAACUCGGGCAGGCUGAAAAGACUGAAUUAGAUGCUCAUUUUGAGAAUUUAUUGCAACGGUCAGACAAGACAAAGCAAUGGACAGAAAAACUUCUCCGAUCAUCAGAGACUCUUCUCCAACCCAAUCCCAGUGUGCGUAUGGAGGACUUCUUUUACGAAAAAAUGGAUAAAAAGAAAAGGGACCGCUAUACAAAUGCUGAACAGCUAGGACAGGUCAUGAUUGACUCUGGCAAUGACUAUGGCCCUGGAACAGCUUAUGGAAAUUCUCUAAUUAAAUGUGGCCAAACCCAAAUGCAAAUUGGUAAUGCUGAGAAGGAAUUUGUGCAAUCUGCUUGCAAUAAUUUCCUGCAGCCAUUGAAGAACUUCCUUGAAGGUGACAUGAGAACCAUCCAGAAAGAGAAGAAAAUCUUGGAGAAUAAACGUCUGGACUUGGAUGCAUGCAAAAAUCGACUACGAAAAGCUAAAACACAAGCAGGCCAACAACAGGAUGAUGCUGUUGCUAAAGCAGAAGCAGACCUGCGAGUUGCACAGUCUGAAUUUGACCGUCAAGCCGAGAUUACCAAAUUGUUACUGGAAGGAAUCAGUAGUACACAUGCUCAUCAUCUGCGUUGCCUAAAUGAUUUCAUUGAAGCCCAGAUGAAUUAUUAUGCCCAAUGUCACCAAUACAUGGUGGAUCUGCGCAAACAAAUGGGCAGCAUCCCUGCUGAUAACUGA